AUGGCCGCUACGUGACCAAAAUUCUCACUUUUCAGCGAUAUUCCGCGUAAAAGUGACCUAAUCUCACGUUUUGUACCCUUCUGUUGGAAAUUCUGCAUCAGGUUUUCGGUGCCACCAUGGGAGCUCAGCUGACCAGCAUCGCGCCGUCACAGAUCCUCAGUGUGGAUAACUACCUGACAGACGUCACAGAUUAUGAAUAUGAUUGCAGCCUUGGAAGCACCCGUUUCUUUAAGGUUGCCCGAGCCAAGUACAAGGAAGGUCUGGCAGUGGUGAAAGUGUUUCCUAUAUAUGACCCCACUCUGCCGCUUAAACAGUACAAGGAAGAACUAGAAGACAUCAAGUCAAAGCUGGAGCCGGCCUCCAACUGUCUUCCUUUCCAGCGAGUAACGUUAUCAGAGAAGGCAGCCCUCCUGUUCCGUCAGUAUGUGAGAGGGAACCUGUACGACAGGAUCAGUACCCGACCCUUCCUCAACAGUGUGGAGAAGAGAUGGAUCGCCUUCCAACUGCUCUGUGCUCUCAACCAGGCUCACAAACUCAAGGUCUGCCAUGGUGAUAUUAAGACAGAGAAUGUGAUGGUGACUGGGUGGAAUUGGGUCCUUCUUACAGACUUUGCCAGCUUCAAGCCUACAUAUCUACCUGAGGACCAUCCGGCAGAUUUUUCCUACUUCUUCGACACGUCUCGGCGGCGUGUGUGCUACAUCGCGCCGGAGCGGUUCGUGGACGUGAGACAGGAGGAGGAGAUGAAGAAGGGAGACAAGAUGCAGACUCUCCUGGAGACGUCCCUGGCUGAAGAAGGGUUAAUCACUGUACGGCUAGGAGACCUCACGGCUGCCAUGGACAUCUUCUCUGUAGGUUGUGUGAUAGCAGAGCUGUUUACAGAGGGGAGUCCGCUGUUCGACCUGUCUCAACUCCUGGCUUACAAGAAAGAGGAGUUCUACCCCAAACACACCCUCAAGAAAAUAGAGGAUGAACAUAUUAGGGAACUUGUAGAGCACAUGAUACAGCGGGACCCAGCCAAGAGACUGUCGGCUGAAGAGUAUCUAAAACAGUGGCAAGGAAAGGCCUUCCCCAACUAUUUCUACACGUUUCUGAAGCUGUACAUGGGGAGGUUUGCUGGCACACCUAUCAUGGCACCUGAUGACAAGGUGGCCAGGUUGAAGAAUGACCUUGACAAAAUCCUGAUGAACUUGGUGCAAGAAGGGGAUGAUGGGAAGGAAGGGUCAGAGGUCAGGAGUGACACAGCUGGGCUGGUGGUCAUCAUUUCCCUCAUCACUUCUACAGUCAGGAGUCUGAAGUUUUGUGUGUCUAAGCUGAUGGCUCUAGAACUGCUGUUAUCCAUGGCAGAACAUGUUCCUUCUGACAUCAUCCUCGAUAGGCUCAUUCCAUAUAUGCUCUUCAUGGUGAACGAUCCAUUUCCUCACGUCAGAGCUGCAGCACUCAAAACUCUCACUAGGUGUCUCUCUUUUGUCAAGACUGUCCCAAGAAGUGAUGCCAACAUCUUCCCAGAGUACAUUCUGCCCAACCUGUCCCACCUAACCCAGGAUGAAGUAGUAGCGGUCCGUGUAGCGUAUGCUGAAAACAUCGCAGUGCUUGCAGAGACUGCUCUCAGGUUCUUAGAGCUUGUCCAGUUGAACCAGGGUUCUGACCAGGAUAAGGACAAUGAUGUUGUACAAGAUCCAAGUGUGCAGUUCCAGGGCAGUUAUGAUACAGAACUACAAGCCCUGCAUGAGAUGAUCCAACAGAAAGUCGUCACUCUACUCAGUGACUCUGAAAAUACAGUGAAACAAACCCUUCUUGAAAAUGGUAUCACCAGACUAUGUGUGUUCUUUGGGCGACAAAAAGCAAACGAUGUAUUGCUAUCUCAUAUGAUCACUUUUCUGAAUGAUAAGAAUGAUUGGCACCUGAGAGGAGCCUUCUUUGACUGUAUUGUGGGUGUGGCUACCUAUGUGGGUUGGCAGAGCUCCAGCAUUCUUAAACCCCUUCUUCAACAGGGUCUGAGUGACACAGAAGAGUUUGUGAUCUGUAAGACCCUGAAUGCCCUGACGUGUCUAUGUGAACUGGGACUGCUACAGAAGCCCAUGGUCUAUGACUUUGCCUCCGAUGUGGUUCCUUUCCUCUGUCAUCCGAACGCGUGGAUCCGGCACGGUGCGGUGGGGUUCAUCUCGGCGAUGGCGCGGACCCUGAACGUGGCGGACGUCCACUGUAACCUGAUCCCCAAACUGGAACCCUACAUCAGGAUGCCCAUUGUACAGGUGGACAAGGAAGUUGUUCUCCUGAGUGUUCUGAAAGACCCCGUCCCUCGGCCGGUGUAUGACUACAGUCUACGGUCCCAGCUUGUAGAACCGCUGUUUGACAUACUACAGGACAGACAACUGCUGCGUAACCUCAGCACCAGGAAGGGAGAGAGACCUGUGUACAACCCACCUGAAGAUGCUAACUUGGUACAGCUCUUGCGAAAGCUGAACUCACAAGGGAUGACAGAAAUACAUGAAGACAAGCUCUUGUCUAUGAAGGACUUCAUGUUAAAGCUUCACAAGUCCAGAGCUAACUCGUCUGAGAACGUGACCAGUAACGAUGAUGAUGAAAUGAACCAGGCGGGGAAGCUGAACCUGGGAACUCUGGGUAGACCUGUGACUCGCCGCCACGCCGACCUCGUAAAGGUCACGGAAACAAGGUCGGACAGCACAAACAAUAGGCAGGCAAGGGGUUCCAGUAAAAAAAGACCAGGGCCUGAACUGUCACCUAUGAAUGAAGAGUGGCAGAGCAUGUUUGGCUCGUCGUCCAGCGAACCCAAGUCUCUCCCCGCCCAGACAGUUAAACCUGCCUUCCAACCAGACCCACUCAGUCAGAGUUUGAACCAGCCAAUAGCAGCUUCGCAGGGGGCGGCACAGCCAACCCACCAGACCAAGACCAUCUCAGUGAAUGCCCCCAUCAGUAUGAGCCAGCUACAGGCUAAUACUGACACAGGAGGGUCUCCCAAAAAACAACCACCAACAACAGAGAGAGUCCCUGAAACUAGAAGCACCAAUGUACAGGUCCGCCAUGCCACAUGUAAGAUGGAACUCAGAAGGCUGGUCCAGCACAAGAGGGAACAGUUUGCCGCAGACAUGGCCACCAAGACUCUGAUGGAGACCUCCGUGUGGGAGACCAAGUCCCCACCCCUGGGGUGGAGACCCAAGGGUCAGCUGGUCGCACAUCUGCACGAGCACAAGGCCGCUGUCAACAGAAUUUCGGUGAGCCACGAUCACCAGUUCUUCAGCACGUGUUCUAACGACGGCACGGUGAAGAUCUGGGACUGCCAGCGCAUGGAGGGGAAGGGUGUGACCAACCGCUCCAGGGUCACCUACACCAGGCAGGGCGGGCAGAUCAAGUGUCUCACCUUCUGUCAAUCUUCCCACUCCGUGGCAUCUGCCUCUGACAACGGAUCCAUACACGUCAUCAGAGUUGAGCCAGGGACUCCCAGAAUUUCCAUCCUACAUUCGAGAGAGCUGGACCUACAGGCCGAGGGGUGUGUGGUGGACAUGAACCACUUUGACACAGGGUCCCAGUCCAUCCUGGUGUACGCGACCGUCCACGGGAACCUGGUGGGCUGGGAUCUACGAGCGCCUGGCGAGGCCUGGAAACUCAAAAACGACCCCAAAUAUGGUUUGAUAACGUCCUUUGCUGUGGACCACAAACAGUGCUGGCUGGGUGUCGGUACCAGCAGUGGUACCCAUGUGUGCUGGGACCUCAGGUUCCAACUACCCAUAUCAACUGUCAACCAUCCCACAGGUGCCCGUGUGAGAAAGCUGUGCAUGCACCCGAGCCAGCAGUCCUGGGUGAUCUCUGCCGUGCAGGGGAACAACGAGGUGUCCAUGUGGGACAUGGAGACUGGAGCCAGACAGAUGACUCUGUGGGCCAGCAGUGCUCCUCCUCUCUCAACAUCACAGGCCUCCAACCAUUCUGUGUUCGGGAUGUACUGCAGCCCUGGAGAUGGGAACCCCUUCCUCCUGACAGCAGGGUCGGAUCAGAGGAUACGAAUGUGGGACUUGGUUUACCCUGACAAGUCCUAUGUGGUGGCAGGUGCCGCCAAUGAUCCAGUCAUGUCAACAUCUUAUGUAGCCCGGAUGAUUGACGGUACAGAGGUGGUUCAGGAGGCCAGCAGUAAGCCGAGGGGAGGGACCAAUGAGGACGUCCCGCGGAGAGGUCCGGACACCCCUCCGGCCGGACACCAGGACACGGUGACAGACAUCGCGGUGUGUCAGGUGGCACAGUCCCUCAUCCUGUCCUGCUCCAGGGACGGGGUCAUCAAGGUCUGGAAGUAGUACAAUACUGAGACACCGGCAAAAUUU